GGGCGCGUAGCUGCAGCGCGGCGGAGCCCGGAUGGCGGCGGCGCAGGCCUCGCCGAGGGAGGCCGUGGACCGCCGGCUGCGGGAAGCCCAGCGCUUCAAGGAGGAGGGGAACCGGUGCUACAAGGAGGGGUGCUUCCGGGACGCCGUGCGCCGCUACCACCGGGCGCUGCUGCAGCUGCGCGGGCUGGACCCCAGUGUGCCCUGCCCGCUGCAGGCGUUCGGCUCCCAAGCCCCGCGGGCCAUGCCGGAGCAGGAGCAGGCCCUGCAGGUCACCCAGGCCGACUGCUACAACAACCUGGCAGCCUGUCUCCUCCGCAUGGAGCCCGUGAACUACGAGCGGGUGAAGGAGUACAGCCUCAAAGUGCUGGAGAAGCAGCCCGAGAACGCCAAGGCCCUGUACCGCGCCGGCGUGGCCACCUACCACCUGCGGGACUACGACCGGGCGCGGCGCUACCUCGCCGAGGCCACGCGGUGGCAGCCCCGGGGUGAGUGCUGACACCAACGUGCAGCGCUACCUGCAGCUCACGGAGUCACAGCUGAGCACCUACCACCAGAAGGAGAAGCAGCUCUAUCUGGGCAUGUUUGGCUAGAGCCGCUCCCGACCCACACCCUGUUGAAGACAUCGGGAUCCUGCAGCUGCCUCGGGACCAGCCUCAUUGGCUGUAAGAGACCUAUGGGGUCCCUUGGGGAUGCCCUGGACAGGUGGCAAAGACUCUCUUCCCUGCAGGGUGGGCUGCUUUCUGUGCCCAGACGGUCUCUGGGGCUGGGCAGUGACUGAGAGCUCAGCCGGGACCAGGACUGCGGGCUAGGUGUCUGGCUUGGUCAACCCCUCCAUAAAGGAGCACAUCUGCCUGCCUCCCU